GUGGAGUCCACGACGUGGACGCAAGGCUUUAUGCUUGAGUAGUUUAACCUUACUUUAGUUGCUCUUUACUUCUACGUCCAAUAUUUAUCCAUGAACGUUAUUACAUAGUUUUAUCUGUGAAACAUCUCUUAAUAAAAAAAGGAUAUUCUUUUCAGACUGUUCAGUGAAUUACAUAACAUAUAAAAAUGUGUUAAUCAGAUACAAAUGUAAUAUCAAUUAAAAGAAGAUCACGUAACAAAAUAGAUGAAUAAAAUGGACAAGAAAAUGAGGACACCAAGUUUAUUAUAAAAGAUUAAAUAUUAUUUUUAAAUUAAUCUAAUUUAUAUGGAAACAUGGACAACAUCGAAUUAUUAUUUUUUGACACAUUCUCGCAUGAUAUCUCAGAGGAAUUGAAUUUGGAUCUGGUACAAUUUCCAAAACCUGUUUACAUCAGCGAAGUAAGAAUAAUUCCAUUGGGUGCCCGAGUGCAAGCAGACUUUCCAGGAGGAGUACGACUUGGUGCAACUAAUCCUUCCCAGUUCGAAAUAGAAUUUUUUGUAAACGAUCUCAGCAAACCUGGAGCUUCUACUUUUGAGUUUUUGGGUGGUUUAGAAUAUAAACAGAAUAUUCACAUCCAAUUGGAAUGUGAGCGGAAGCAAAUACCAACCGACGGAUUAGUCUUGAGAGGAUGGUACACGACCAUAACACUGGCGGUAUAUGGAACGUUGACCAAAUCGUUAAACAAUCCUCAAGAAGUGAUCAGUUCAGCAGCUGGGUCCACUACCUGUGUCAACGUAUUGGAAGAAAAUUCUGAAAGUACUGCACAAAUAUCUUCUGAACAGCAAUCUGAAUGGUAUUAUGAAAAUCAGCAUCAAACAAACUCAUCGGAAACAUGUGUAACUGUUACUCCACCACCUCCGGUUCAACCAAUCCAAGUAGUGGAACCAACCAGGACAUCCACAUCGGACACGGGAAAAACGGAAUCGGGACAAUGGGAAGAAGAAGCAUCCGCUACAGGCGAAAAGCCGGCAAAACGACCUUCGUCUCCGCCUACAGAAUCUCUGAUCUCUCUAAGUCCAGAAUCCAUUUCCGCCGAAGAGGAAGAAGCGGAGCAGCAGGAAACCGGCGAACCGGAAACUGGCGAGCCCUUCGAGCCGAUAUUGUCGGACGAGGACAUAAUGACCGAUGAUAUCCCGUCUACAACCGAAUUCGAGAGUGAAUCUUCGCAGACCGAUGAGAUAUACGCACUGGUGCCACCUGACUUGCUUAAUUUGGAGAAGCUGGAGAACUUGGACAACACCCAAAUGAGUCAUGAGAGCCUAUUGAAGAUGAGAGAGAUCCUACAAUCUCUGUCCAAGUCGGUCUCGCAUUUCCACAACGCGUCAGGUCAGGAGAAGGAAACGUUCGUUCACAACUGUGAGACUUUAUGCGCCAUAUUGGGCCCGUUCGAUUCUAACGCGGAUGACAUCGACUUGACCAACAUUGUAAAUGCUGGUUUGGAUAUGGAGCUCGCUAGGGCUCAGCCACAGCCGGCGUACAAAAUGCGUCACGUGAAGGUGGGAGUUCGCUUGGCGGAGGCUCUUUGCCGAUUGUCGAAGGGCCCGGAGAUCUUAUUGAAAGUCGAGGCCCCGUCCAAGUUGCUGUCUCUCUGCAUGCGCGAGAAUGUGGCGUUGCCAGUGAAACUUUCUGCUCUGAGAGCCCUAGACGCCGCGCUGAUAAGUCCAAUAAUUGUACAAGAAUUCCUCAGCUCGAGAAACAAUCUGUAUAACAACGCGCUGAUGAUGCUCGACACGACGCUGGCCAGACUCAAGUACGCUCUCAGCUCGAUCCUCCGUAAGAUCCACGUGUACGAGUAUCUGGAGGAAAUCAGAGAAUUCGAUGAGAUUGGUUUAGCAGAACUGAUGAACACUUACGUGUGCGCACCGACGCUGAUGGCGCAGCCUAAACGUCAGUUGCCGGCUGGCGCACAGAUGGAAUUCGAGCGAGAGCAUUCUCGCAAUCCUCGCGCUCACUUUGUAGCUUAUUUUGAGUAUCAUAAACUAGCUCGUCAUCUUCUGCUGACAUUGUCCUCUCCGAAUUGCAGUUUUAAAUUGAACAAGUUAAUCCGCCACUUCCUGCUACAUCUCUCCGACACGAAAGAGGGCCUGUGCUACUUACUGAAAGAGGCGGAGGUAGUCCGACUCACGUUGAAGGUCCUGAAAUAUGAAUUACCAGGUGCUGGUUGUAUUCUAGCGUGGCGUCUUCAAGUUGCGCAGUGUCUGAUUCGCCUGAAACAGGAUUCCGACUGGACAGUCCUGAAAAAGCUGCACUCUUUCCUGGUUUUUCCCGAUGGCCUGCGUGCGCUUCUUACGGUCUUACCCCUGGGCGACUUUAUGGAUACUCUGAUCCCUUACCUGUCGGAUUCCAAUCUCUGCGAGUUCGCUGCUGAGGUGAUCUCCGCGGUUGUCCGUUAUUCCGACAAGGUGGAAAUCCUUCAAAAUCACGCGGAGCUGAUGCUGAGCAAGUCUCGCGAGCAUGCUGUACUCAGAGAUGUGACGUCAUACUUGACGACUGCGGCCCAGGCUUCUCAUUGGGACUACAAUGACGUCUCCUCACUGGUAACGACUAUUAGAAAGAGCGCGGAGAAAGCCGCGUCGCUUCCCGGUCAGCUGAUCACCGCCUGCAGAAUCUUGCAUUAUCUCAUCUUUCUAUCGAAUAACGACGUCGAUCCCUUGGAGCCAUAUAUUGAACUCAAAUACAGAAACGCCCUGACCCAGCUUUUCGCCGCUGACGGUCUCACUGCCUUAGUCAGCGUGAUGGCAAACGUAUCCGAGUUCUACGAGCAACCGUUCCUUCAUCGUGCUGCUUUGACUGGUCGUAGGGGCAUGGCGUUAGUUGCCCUGUUGCUUCCCUGCGUGAGGCUGACCAGGGCGCUGCUCGAGCAGCUCGUCAAGUGCAUGGCGACAGACUUCAAGGAUCUCACAGUGGUUGUUCCGUUGCUCGGAAUCUACUCCCUGAUCGAGGCUAUCCCAUCUGACAAUCUUAUGGUGCGAACUCUGUCCGAGGAAAUUGUGGGGACACUGCUAGUAUUCACGCAGGCCGUGGAUUCCGAUGGUUCCGGCAAUGUGGCCAAGUCAUUAUGGACCCAGAUGCUGGGCGAGGUGCUGAAGAUGGUUUCCCUGCGACCCUGUAACUUUGUACCUGGUCUAAAAUUGCUGACUCGUCUACUACCGCCUGUUCUAACGCCGAAGGAGACUGCCACUGAGGACGCGACGAGAAUCCUGGGCCUGAGGAAGCUUUGGUCGGCGCAUCUUCAAGCUCAGGCGGGAAACCUCACCGAAACUCUCCGACUACUCUGCGCCAGUUGGAAUGCCGAGGUCUUGCUCCUUUUGUCUACAGUUUGCAAGCAGCUGAGCGACCUGGCAGCACCAACGGCCCUUUUAGUCGGGAGAUGUCUCUUGGACGGUAUUUUAGCCGCCACUCCCUUGGAGAAUAACGUUCCUAUUCUCGUUUUAAUCAGUGAUCUGGCCAGACACGCGCCGAUGAAGGCUACGUUACUAACUCUGACGAGUCCGGCGUCCAGAGCACAAGUAAAAUCAGAUCAGAAGUAUCCGCCUGUCAUUGAGAUGAUGUGCUCCACCUUGAAGAGCAGUGGCAACGUCCGUGUACAAUACGAGAUCCUAAACAUAUUCGAAACUCUGUGCGACUGCAGUCUCAGUCUGGUACAAGAAGAUAACGAGUCUUUCGAGAAGAAACUGACGCAUUCAGUGCCUAGCAAGGAACCUCUGCUUUCCAUCCUCGCCGCUCUCAUCGAGAUCUUAGCGACCAGUACAAAGUUCCAGCUGGAUGUGAUAGAGAGCACCCUGCACAUUCUCUUGUCUCUCAGCAAUCACAACUACGGACUGUAUCAUGUGAAGAGCUGCCUGGAGAACAAUCCCGGUGCCUUGCGCGCAUUAUUAGACCACGUGUCCAGCUUGGAAGAGCCCGAGACGAAUUCCGUUGCGAGAUUGACCAUAACUUUUCUGGAAAAUUUGAUCGCUUCCGAGUCGGAAAGAUCUUUGCAUUUACGCACGCAGCAGUUGGCAUUUUUGAUCUCGUGGGAGAAGAACAAUCAUCCCUUAGAAAAGCUAAAAAGCGCGGAGGAACUAGUGGAAACUCUGAGAACCGCCGAAGAAAAAGAAGAGAAGGAACCUAUCCCGGAAAUGUUGGAACCGUUGCUGCCCACACCAGAAGCUCUAUUGAGCCAGUUUUCACAAAGAUGCUCCGGCGCGGUCAGCAGCAGUCCAGCUCGAUCGAAAAAGUUCUCGUUUGCAACGACUAAUCAAACGCAAGCUGAGAACACGGUGGAUCUACUGGCACUCGCUGCCGAGUUACUGCCCGCUGACUUUAAUUUAUUGGCGGAGGCGCAGAACUUGUGCUCCAAAACACCUCCCGAUGAUGCUACUCAACCUCUGCAAUCGAAGUCGCAAAAUGAAGAUCAAGAAAAUAGGUCUGAGAAGCAGGCUUCACCAAUGGUCAAGACGAAACAGCCAUUUGUAACACCAGUGAGAGGUCGAACACAAUUUGCCAACUCGUUGCGAGGUGGCCCUGUAGGUGGAGGAGUAGGCAGAGGAGCCGAUCCUUUCCGAUCAAGACCGCCCAACACCUCGAGACCGCCAUCGCUUCACGUGGACGAGUUUGUUGCGUUGGAAACGUGCGGCGCGCAACCGACGGGUCCCACCGGAUAUAACAAGCUCAGCAACCGCGGAACGUGUUCGUCGCGCGCCAGCAGCGGAGCCAGAAGUCGACCUUGGACGCAGGAGCCUCGUCCACCGUAUCAUCGUUAGCUCGCGUAUAUCGGUUUCUUUUCGUAUUUAUGUAUAUACACAUAUCAAUUACGUAUAUUAUAACAAUGUACAGUUCUCCCACUUUGCGAAAGUAACAUUUCAUCAUGUGACGAACUAUUCAUCAUCUUUUAUCAUCUUUUGCCACUUAGGAUACUGUUCUUCGAAGUCCUCGAUGUUCUUCUUCAGGCGCUUCUUUUUGCGAAGACUGUAUUUUCCCUACGAAACAACACACGUAUAUAAAUUUUUUGUACAUUACCUUUUUACUUUAUAACUAUUAGAAAUAGCGACAAAUUAAUUAUGAUAAUAAUUAUAAUAAAUUUUUUCAACGUA